AUGUCUUUUGAUGAUGAAGAGCCCAUAAGCCUCUCGAGUCACGCCUUGGCCGCGCUGGCCGAGUUCCACGCCGAAAAGGACGCCCAUGAAAAGACAUUUGAGAAACUGAGGACCGGCGCCGCUCCGAGAGCUGGAGCCGGACUCGGCGUCGUCGAACCGGAAGACGAGGACCCUGUAGCGGAGGAUGCGGACGACCAACCGCUGAGCAUGGCGGCGUUUACGGAGGAUUGGAACGAAUCGCAGUUUUGGUUCCUCGACGAAACAGCCUUUGCUCUGGCCGAUCAGCUCCUCGAUGGCGCAUCGUCAAGCUCGAUUAUUGGUGUAGUCUCGACACCGAGCGUAUUCAUUGCACUCAAGAAUCGUCUUAGAUUCUGGCCUAUUGAAGACCGACCUAAGCUGGUCUUGUUGGAACAUGACCACCGUUUCAGCGUCUUUCCUGAGUUUGUCUUCUAUGACUUCCAGCGACCUCUUCAACUCCCAGCUCAUCUGAAGGGCAGCUUGGAUAGUGUUAUCAUUGAUCCUCCAUUCUUCAGCAAUGACUGCCAGACAAAGUUUGCCCUAACAGGCCGCUGGCUCGUCAAGCCAAAGUCGCCUCGUGUGAUUGUCUGCACGGGAGAACGAAUGGCUACCAUUGUCGACAAGCUCUACCGUUCUCUUGGAGUCUAUGCGACAACCUUCGAGCCUGCUCACGCGGGUUUAAGUAACCACUAUUACUGCUACGCCAAUUUUGAGAGCUCAACCUGGGAUUGGCGAUCUGAUGAAUCAGAUUAA